UCUGCCCUCUGUGCCAGGUGUACCUGUGACCCCGAGCCAUGUCCUGCUGCCAGCCCUGUGACCCUUGCUGCCAGCCCUGCGGCCCCUGCCCGCUGGCCAGCAGCUGCAAUGAGUGCUGUGUCAGGCAGUGCCAGAGCUCCCACGUUGUCAUUGAGCCGCCUGCUGUGCUGGUGACCCUGCCUGGGCCCAUCCUCAGCUCCUCCCCACAGAACACCGCCGUGGGAUCCUCCACCUCUGCUGCUGUUGGCAACAUCCUCAGCUGUGGCGGAGUGCCCAUCAGCUCUGGGGGCUUUGACAUCUCCUGCAUCACCAACUGCUAUGGCAGCAGUUGUUGUCGUCCCUGCUAAAGCUGCUGGCAACCUCCUCAGGCAAGAACCACAACAACCUCAGGACGUGGAGCGGCACUGAAGAUGGAUCCUUGAAACAAUGGAUUUGUGCCCUUGCUUUACUGCUCUUUUCUUUCACUCUCUUCCCUUGCCUUCCUUACUCACUCCAUCUCCCAAUGACAGACUUUUGUGACCUGUUUGUCGCCCUCCAUCCCUCUGCAGGCCAGGCAAAUGGACACCCCCACUGGCUGCUCCUGGUGCCCUCUUUGAGCUACCUUCUUUUCUUCCUUAGACUCAAUAAAGUUGUUUUGCAUCCAAA